AUGCGGGGCACCAGUAAAACCCGUAGAGAGCUUUUCAAAUCGAAUUACACAGGCAAUACACAUAGCGACACUACGGAAGACGUGAAAAAUUCAUCCCGCUUUGCAACUUGCGAAGAAAAAGACUUGAAUGAGCUUGUGUCAAGUGCUAACGCGAAGGGCACAAAAAGAAACACCAAAUGGGUAUUAAAACUGUUGCAAGAAUGGUGCCAUGAGCGAAAAAUUUGCAAGCCCUUGUUGGAUCUAACAGAGGCCGAGCUAAAUGACAUCCUGAGGAGGUUUUAUGCAGAGGCCAGAAACCAGAAAGGUGAAGAGUAUAGCCGCUCCUCGCUGCUUGGGUUCAGGAAUGCUGUUGAACGCCAUUUUGCAGUCAAUGGUAAAGCAAUGAAGCUCACUAGCAACCCAGCAUUUUACAGCUCUAACAAGAUACUGGAGAGCAAGCUGAAGGUCAACAAAAGAGAACAGAAACAAAAUACCAAACACAAACUAGUCAUUGAGCCAGCCGAUGUGAGUAAAGUCAAGAAAAAUCCUUUUUUGAGCCACGAGAAUCCUUACGGCCUCCUUCGGCGAGUGUGGUUCAUAGUGACCCUGUAUUGGUGCCGCCGGGGUUGUGAGGGCCAAAGACAGCUCCGCCGAGAAAGCUUUACUUUUGAUCUUGACGGUGAAGGAAAGGAAUAUGCAACCAUGACUCACGAGGAGCAGACCAAAAACCAUCAGGGUGGCUUUUGUGACAAGCAGAGUUAUGAAAAUGAAACACGGUUGUAUUCAACAGGUGAAACUGGCGAUUCGCUGUGGUGCCUGAAGUACUAUCUUUCCAAACUUAACCCCAAACAACAAACGUUCUUUCAAAGACCAGUGCCAAUCUUUACACCAGAGGACCCAGUGUGGUAUGAAAACAAGCCUCUAGGUGUCAACAAUACAACUGUAAAAAUCCAAAAUGGCGGUAUGAAAAUAAGGCCUGGUUACUCCUUUUUCUCCUGA